GAAGUUUUCUCUGACAGAGACAUCAUUAGCUCUCGUUGAGUUUUGAAGAAUACAGUUAUAUUUUUGCUAAAUAGAUCAGGUUGGCUGUUUUAAUCACACACCAUUUGUUUCGGAAGUUGAUGAUUAGAACAAAACCAACAUGUUCGCGGGGCUGCCAGAGCUCGGGAUAUCCAAUGGCGAGGAUCUUAAGGAAACUCUUACGAACUGCACUGAGCCCCUGAAAGCCAUUGAUCAGUUUCAGAUGGAAAAUGGCAUCCUGCUGCCGACGCUGCAGUCGGCUCUCCCCUUCCUAGACCUCCACGGGACGCCUCGGCUGGAGUUCCAUCAGUCCGUCUUUGACGAGCUCAGAGAAAAACUCAUGGAGCGAGUCGCCGUCAUUGCGGAGGGAAAGGACGAAGACAGAUACAAAAAGCUGGAAGAACUGCUGGAGAAAAGCUUCCCACUUGUGAAAAUGCUCUCCAUUCAGCCAGUGGUGAUGCAGGUGCUGAAGUAUCUGCCCAAGGCAAGUGUGCCAGAGAAGAAACUGAAGAUGGUGAUGGCUGACAAAGAGCUGUACAAGGUGUGCGCGGUGGAGGUGAAGAGGCAGAUCUGGCAGGACAACCAGGCCCUGUUCGGCGACGAGGUCUCGCCCCUCCUGAAGCAGUACAUCGUGGAGAAGGAAUCGGCCCUGUUCAGCAGCGACCUCUCCAUCCUGCACAACUUCUUCAGCCCAUCUCCGAAAACGAGGCGCCAAGGAGAGGUGGUCCUAAAACUGACCCAGAUGAUCGGGAAAAACGUGAAGCUGUACGACAUGGUGCUGCAGUUCCUGCGGACGCUCUUCCUGAGGACGCGGAACGUCCACUACUGCACGCUGAGGGCCGAGCUGCUGAUGUCCCUCCACGAUCUGGACAUCAGUGAGAUCUGCUCGGUGGACCCCUGCCAUAAGUUCACUUGGUGUUUGGAUGCCUGCAUUCGGGAGAAAUUUGUGGACGGCAAGCGAGCUAGAGAGCUGCAGGGUUUCCUCGACGGUGUGAAGAAAGGACAGGAGCAAGUCCUGGGGGAUCUGUCUAUGAUCCUGUGCGACCCGUUUGCCUGCAACACCCUGGUCUUGAGCAUCAUGAGGAACCUGCAGGAGCUGCUGAGUCAAGACGCCUUACCGAGGGACAGCCCAGACCUGAUGCUUCUGCUGAGGAUGCUGUCACUGGGUCAGGGUGCAUGGGACAUGAUUGACAGCCAGGUCUUCAAAGAGCCCCGUUUGGAUUUGGAAGUCGUCACCCGCUUCCUGCCUUCCAUGAUGUCAGUGGUUGUUGAUGAUCACACUUUCAGUGUAGAACAGAAGCUUCCCAGUGAGGAGAAGAGCACGCUGUCGUAUCCCACCACCCUGCCAGAUUCAUUCAACAGAUAUCUGCAAGACAACAGAGUGGCCUGUGAGAUGGGUCUCUACUACGUCCUCCACAUUGCUAAACUAAGAAACAAGAAUGCCUUACAGAGGCUGCUGCCAGCACUGGUGGAGACCUACAACGACAUGGCCUUUAGCGACAUCUUCCUCCACCUGCUGACCGGCCACCUGACCCUGCUGUCAGAUGAAUUUGGCACAGUAGAAUUUUGCUCUGUCGUCUUUGAUGGCUUCCUACUUACUUCAUUUUCUAGCAAAGAAAAUGUCCACAGACACACCCUGCGCAUGUUACUGCAUCUGCACCCCAAAGUUUUGCCCUCGUACAUGGACACACUGAUUAAAACUCUUGAACCCCCAAAACAGUGCAGCGAACCGCUGAAGGAGCUGUACACACAGCUGAUCCAGAAGAUGGAGGCCCAGAAGAAAAGCCCCCCGCCGCCCGACGAGCCCCCGUCCGUGGAUCUGGGGCUGCACCCGGUGGCCGUGCCCGCCGCCGCCGCCGCGGCCGCCGGCUCCUCCACCCCCGCCGCGCUGCUCUGAACCGCCACCGAACCGAAGACAGCGCCCGGACCUUUAAUCAGUGGCAAACACUCCAGCCUCCCGCUGGCUCAAAGACUUGACACGUCGCUAUUUUCCUUUUCGUCCGACGAGUUUUCUGAAGUCUCCCGCAGUCUAAACCGACGCCGGGCGUCUCCUAGCAGUGUGAUUGGGCACCUAAUUACUUUUUGUUUGUCAUUUCUUUUCCUUGCAUCCUAUCCAGAUGUUCAGUGUUUCGUCGUCUAUGAUUUAUCUCGAAUUACUCAAACUCUGCGUUAGUGCACGAGCCUUUUGAAAUCAAGUCGUGUGCAAAGGCUCUGUUGCUUUAACGUAAACCAGCCAAAAUUAAAAGAUUGAUUUUUGUAAAUACCUGCGCACUGUUGUCGUUUUUUCUUAUAGAUCAUUCAUUCGAUGGAAAAAAAAACCAAAAAAACGUGCGUGUCUUGGAUCACAUGGCAUCACCCCAGGCAUGCAUGCUUAUGUGUGACUAAAAAGAGGUAGUGCUUGGUUCAGUAUACGAGAGACCGCCACAACUUGGGUAAGACUGCAUCAAAUUUCCUUACAACUGAGGAACAACGACUAGGUAUGAAGAUAGCUUUCACAUUUGCAUUUUGUUUUACAUGAAGUGAAGCUAAUUUAGAAUAUAUACAGGUUCAGCAUCCUUAAAAGGAUUUUUUUGUGUAUAUCGUAAAAUAUUACAUAUGUCUUGAGUUUAGGGCCAUGCUUUUUUAUACAUUUCAGUUUGCUUAGUGGAGAUUUGUAGGUUUCUAUCUAUGCACAUUGGAUAAGGUGAAGGUUCCAUUGCUGAAUUUUACUGAAUUUAGAAUUUGGAUUUCCACAGGAUAACUGCAGCACUGUGUUUUUGUUUUGUUUUUUUAAUUCUGUAGUGGAUUUAGUGCUUUUAUUUUAGCCCUAAACCCGUUGUAAGGUCUUGCUGUAACAAAGCUUUUGAACAGACGGUCUCACAUUUUACUCUAUUUUAAUUUCAUUCAGUAGCUGCAAGGUAAAACAAAUUAAAGUUAGUAUUUUACAGUUGGGAUAAUGGUUUGAUUUUCUGUGAAUGUGGCAUAACGUACUGUCA